AUCAUUUUAUUUAUCGCCCUUCAGGUGAGCUCAUGAUUAUCCUCCGUCAUAUUUCCGUGGCGCUCACCGCUACAAUGGCAGCUGUCGGCACCGCGCUGUUUAUCGCACUCAGUGCCUUCUACAAGAGGCGAACAUGGACACCCGAAUCAGACUAUUACAUGUUCCGGGAGGAGGAAGAGGAGCACAUUAAGAAGCAGGUGCUUGUUCUCGGUUUGGAUGGUGCUGGUAAGAGUAGUGUUCUUCAGGGGCUGAGUGGAUCGGGCUACAGGAGGGGCUGUCGACCAACCCGUGGAUUCAACUUCAUCAGCCUUCACACACCUGCAUGCCAGCUGGACUUCCUGGAAAUUGGAGGUGGUGAGGACUUGCGAAUGUACUGGGCAGAUUUCUUAAAGAGAACACACAUUUUAGUGUAUGUGGUGGACUCCUCUGAUAGAGGCCGGCUCCCUCUGGCCAAAGACGAGCUCCAUCGAUUACUCAAAGCAGAUGCAGAACUUCCAGUGGUGGUGUUGGGAAACAAGCAGGACAAGCCCAAUGCUGUUGGUGUGUCAGAGCUGCGUGAGGCUCUCUCGCUCAAUUCUCUGGCUGAUCAGAGGAAGCUCUUUUUGCUAGCUGCUCAGUCGGGCUUUGAAGGACUAAGCAGAACAUGUGGUCUCCAAAAGUUCCAGGACCUGCUCCUGACAUUGGUGUGAAGCAAAGUAAUCAUUUCAGGGGUUGGCAGCACAGUGCAAGAAAGGAUUGGGAAAGGGAUCUUUUUAACAAUGGAGCAUUCAAGGUAAUAAUUUCACCUCAUUCAAGGAGUGUUUACGUCAUAACGCCACUGUCGUGACGUUUCAUCUCAUUUGAGGUGUUGAGAAACACUUAAUCAAAAUCCGAGCACUGGGGGCCUGGGUAGCUCAGUGAGUAAAGACGCUGACUACCACACCUGGAGUCGCAAGUUCAAAUCCAGGGCAUGCUGAGUGACUCCAGUCAGGCUUCCUAAGCAACCAAUUGGCCCGGUUGCAAGGGAGGGUAGAGUCACAUGGGGUAACCUCCUCGUGGUUGCUGGAAUGUGGUUCUCGCUCUCGGUGGGGCGCAUAGUGAGUUGUGCGUGGAUGCUGCGGAGAAUAGCCUGAAGCCUCCACACAUGCUCAACAAGCCAUUUGAUAAGAUGUGCGGAUUGACGGUCUCAGACGCGGAGGCAACUGAGAGUCGUCCUUCGCCACCUGGAUUGAGGCGAGUCACUACGCUUCCGUGAGGAACUAGAGUGCACUGGGCAUUCCAAAUUGGGCAGAAUAAAUACAAAUACGAGCACUGUGCUGAGGGCAUUAUUGCUGCUAGUUAUAAUAGCCAUGUUCCAGGUUCAAUACAAUCAAGAGCAUUUGUGGCAUAAUGUUGAUUUCUAUAAAUAAUUUUGACUUGACCUUCAAUAAUUUUAAAUAUACAAAAGAGGAAAAAAAUCAUGGUUACAGUAAGGUGCUAACAUUGGAAAUGAAUUAGAACAGUCCAUAAACAUUAUACAUGUUAACACUAAUUUACUGUGAAAAAAUUGCUUAUUUACCAUAUCUGUGUAAAGUCACAUGCAGUAUUACAACUUCAAAACCCUGUAAUCCAGUAUUGGAUAACUUAAAACAGAUAAGGUUAGUUAGCAAUUUUAUCACACUAAAAUCCUGUUAACAUGUUCAUCUUGUGGCUGUUCUUUUGAAACUAGGUGUAUAUUUUGUUUAUGGACUGGCCUCAUGUGAAUUUGAAAUGCCUUCCUGUAACAUCUUUUUCUAAAAAUUAAAAACACUAGAUGAAAUAAUUUGUCGUGUAAUCAACAUUGUACCACAAAUGCCAUUGAUUGAGCUUAACUUGUAUUGAACAUGGAACAUUUCUCUGACAGAUUGUAAUCAGUCUAGCAAAGAGUAUACUCAUGCUUUCUUAUCUCUGCAUGCAAAGUCACAUUUUUAAUUACAAAUUAAUUUUAUGUAUUGCUGAAAUGUCCUGCUUGCAACAAAUCAUAGAAACCUUUGUUUUGCUUGAAGCAUGCCAGAUGAU